AUGUCUCCUUCUGGUGGAGAUCAGAACUACAACUGUGACCUUAAAAGACCUGCCAUGGUGAAAUUCCACCCAAACGGCAGCAGUGGCCCAUGGAGCGCUUGUAGGCAGAGCUGUACACAAACAGAAGAGAGGCAGGCAGAGGGAGGCGUGGAGCCUCAGCAGGAGCUGGACUAUCUCAAUUUAAAAGUCAUGUUGCUAUUUUGGUUCAUCUCUGACCUCUGGCCUUCCCAGCCUGUCCCACCAGCCCGGUGCAGCUCUGGUUCCAUUGGUCCGCCCCCUCUGCCGAUCAGAGUUAGAGAACCUCUCACAGGUGGAGAGCAAAGAGGCCUCUCUGCUAUGCGCCGUCACCAUCUGAGCUCCUAUAAAAAGAGCGUGGCACGCCGCAUCGGCCUCACUGUGGGUCGGCCAGUGUGUGUGAGAGAGAAGGCAUCUCAAAAGGGCUGA